GAAUUUCAAAAUUUCCUCCUCCUGCACCAACUCUAAAACCUCAUCGAUGGCAAAUACUCAAAUUGUAAAACCCUAAGAGGUAAUCAGGCACGAUUCAAUAAUCUCCACAGGAAAUUAGCGAUGGAUCGAGGUGGAGGAAGGCAGCAGACGGCUGGUGCGUCGAAGCCCUCAUUGUUCACAGUGUACCAGAAUCCAGCACUCUCCGCCGCUCUCACCUCCAACAGCCUCCGCCCCUCCGCCGCCACUUUCCUCUUCAUCCUCUCCCUUCUCUCCGCGUCCGUUAUUUCUCUCCUCAUUCCCCUGUAUAGGGAAAAUCCAGUUACUACUAACAUCGGACUUGGUUUUGUAUCUCAAGAUGUUGCUCGUAUAUGUUCCAAGGUAAUACCAUUCAUGGCAAGUUUCCUUUUGCUCGGAACUUUACUUGCUCUGAUCAAAGCCAUCUCUCAAUGGAGGACAAGAAGUGCUGCCGAUGUGGUAGUUGUAUCUUCUUCGAAUGGCACAGAAGUAAAACGCCUUACCAACCGACAAUUGGGCCUUCUAGGAUUAAAGUCCAAACUCGAAGUGGAUUCACCAGAGUCUUCAAAGAAACCUCCUAAAUCCAGAACUAGCUCACCUUCUCCAUCCAAUCCGCUUGUCCCUCUUCAUCAGUCAAUAACAGGUUCAAAUCACUUAUCCAGAAUGAGUGGCGGGAAAUCAAGCACCAGUGGCGGUAGCAAAAUGCAUUCCUUUGCCACACCAUCCAAAUCACCAGCUUCUCCCUCCAUGUAUCUUGUCCCCUCAACUUCCAUGCGUUCACCUGUCCAGUCACCAUCCAUGCACGCAUCACCGGGUUCUGAUCAGUUGAUUGGCACCCCUUGGUCCAAUAAACGCCCUGCUUUUCAUAAAGAGAUUUCGACGGAGGAAGAUCUUGAAAGAUUUCUGGCUGAUGUGGACGAGAAAAUAUCUGAAACAGCGAGUAGAAUGACGACUCCGCCCCCCAGCACAAAUGGAUAUGGCAUGGCAAGUCCUAAUACUUCCGGAACUGCGAGAAGUACACCUUUAAGGCCAGUUAGGAUGUCCCCUGGUUCCCAAAAGUUCACAACACCCCCGAAGAAAGGGGAGGGAGAUCUUCCUCUUCCAAUGUCAAUUGAAGAGUCGAUCGAGGCGUUUGAAAGGCUGGGUGUUUGUCUGCAUAUUGAGCAGUGGCGUGACAGUCUUAGGCAGUGGUUUUCUGCUUUUCUACUUAAUCCUCUUCUUAGAAAGAUUGAAACCAGCCACUUGAAGGUUAUUGAAGCAGCUGCUAAACUUAAUGUCUCAAUUACCAUUAGUCAAGUUGGAAGUGAUACCACAAGUAUACCUACAACUGAAAAUGCAUCACCGAUGGAGAGGACCAAUGAAUGGAAACCGGCAUUUGCAGUUGACGAAGAUGGACUUCUUCAUCAGCUACGUGCAAGUCUUGUUCAAGUUCUUGAUGAUGCUCGCAUGCCAAAAUUUUCUACUAGCAAUUUUCAGCAAUCCCCUCAGCAUGCCGCAGCAGUUCCUAUUUUACAAGAGUGCAUUGACGCCAUCAUGGAACACCAGAGGCUCCACGCUUUAAUGAAAGGAGAGUGGGGCAAAGGUUUACUUCCACAAAGUAGUAUGCAAGCAGAUUAUACUGUACAAAGGAUUCGCAAGCUUGCCGAAGGAACAUGUUUAAAGAACUACGAGUAUAUGGGAAACGGCGAAGUCUAUGAGAAAGUAAAAAAGAAGUGGAGUAUUGAGCUUCCCAGUGAUUCUCAUAUGCUUCUUUAUCUGUUUUGUGCUUUCUUGGAAUACCCGCAAUGGAUGUUGCAUGCUGAUCCGACAACCUAUGCUGGAGCACAGGCAAGCAAGAACCCGUUGUUUUUGGGUGUUCUGCCUCCUAAAGAAAGGUUUCCUGAGAAAUACAUAGCGAUAAUAUCGGGGUUCCCCUCCGUGCUACAUCCUGGAGCUUGUAUUUUGGCCGUUGGGAAGCAAAGUCCCCCAGUUUUUGUACUAUACUGGGACAAAAAGCCUCAGUUCUCUUUCCAGGGAAGAACAGCACUAUGGGAUUCCAUAUUAAUGCUCUGCUACAAAAUCAAGAUCAGUUAUGGUGGUAUUGUCAGAGGCAUGCACCUUGGUUCAUCAGCCUUGGGCAUUCUUCCUGUUCUUGAACAAGAAACUGACUGACAGCACCGUUUACUUCAUUGAGCCAUUUAUGCUGCUGUGUUGCACACGAAGUUGUGUACUCGAGCAGAUCAUUCGAGAUGCAGCCUGCCCUUGCUAACUAAUCUUAUUUUUCUUUUAUUUACUCGCUAAAUUUCGUUAAUGAAUGUGAGUGAGGAAAAUAGACACUUACGAAUGAUGAGGAUGCAGGUACCGCUGGGCUUUGAUGUGGUACAAUAUGCUGGAAAAUUCGUCCCGGUUUCUGGCUGCUGACCUCUCGAAAGACUUGUUAGUUUAUCUUACUGGCUUAGUUGUUUCCUUGACCCCUUUUUCAUGCAAGCUAACGAGGAUUUCACCUAAUUGUAAUGCUGAUCGUCUUUCUUUGUAAUGAAACGAACUGUAACUACCGGAUAUGGUAGUUGGAUCCUAGUUGUAACCAGCGAAUGGACUCAUGAAACCAGAAGUUUUAACUGUUUAAAUCAACAUUUAUAUAUCGCUUUA